CGUAAACUCAAUAUCGCCGACGCAAUGGAUGCUUUGCUGCUUUUGGUCUUUGGGCUAGCUGUGCUAAUCGCUGCCUUCCUUCUGAAGCCGUAUUUCGACUGGAGGUUCUCUUGCUGCCAAUCCUUGGAAUCCCAAGUUUCAAGGACAUCCUUCCCCUGCUCCCCUGGUGAGCUGGUACCUCCCCAGUGGAAGGCUCCGGAGGUGGCCCUUUCCAUUGUGGUCCCUGCGUACAAUGAGGAGUAUCGAAUCCCACAGAUGCUGGAUGAGACGCUCAGCUAUUUGGAGAGUCGCGGCGCAGAGUUCUCAUACGAGGUCAUUGUAGUGGAUGAUGGCAGCGAGGAUAACACGUAUGCAGCUGCUUUGUCGACCAGCAGGGAUGCCUCGCUCCGUCAUGGUGAAGUUAGGGUCAUCCAGCUGCUGUAUAACCGAGGCAAGGGCUUUGCCGUGCGCGCGGGCAUGCUUGCUGCGAGAGGGCAGCUGCUGCUCAUGGCGGAUGCGGACGGCGCCACGGGCAUCCGGGACUUGGAGCGCUUGGAGAGAGCCCUGGGCCCCAAGGACGAAGCUCCGCAGAUCGCCUUCGGCUCACGGCACCAUCUCCGCGAGGAGGCGUUGGCCAAGAGGGCCUGGUAUCGGAACGUGCUCAUGGUCGGCUUUCACUGUGCUGUUUGGCUGCUGGUGGGAGGAACCGUGAAAGACACCCAGUGCGGCUUCAAGCUCUUCAAAGCCAAGGUGGGCAAGAGGAUCUUUUCAUCGCUGCACCUCUACCGAUGGGCUUUCGACAUUGAGGUGCUCAUCCUUUCUCACUUUUUCCGAGCGGGUUUGGUGGAGGUUCCGGUGACUUGGGUGGAGAUGCCGGGCUCGAAGUUGAAUCUGCUGACGGGGGCUCUCACCAUGCUGCGUGACAUGGCACUUGUUCAGGCGCUCUAUGCUUUUGGGAUUUGGCAGCCCUCGGUUUUGUGAAGCCCUCGAUCUGCGUCCACGGUUCUGGCCUCACAGAACCGAGUUCUAUAUAGUGAUUCUCAUAUCUAGUCUUGAGCUUCGCUGAAGAGUUGCUCAUCAGAUGUUGACUCACAGCACCCUGACAUGAGCGAUUCGCCGCCGAUCGCGGCCAAUGUUGAGCGGAAGCACUGAGCCGAGAGAGCUGGCGCCCGUAGAAUC